GAUGGCUGCUAUGAUACAAAAACUUAAUCCGGAUGAGAGUGUUUCAACAGUAGUCGAUUGUGUUCAAAGAAUAUCGACAAGAAGUUAUGUAAAUAACAAACAGGCUUUAACAGCUACGCAAUGGAGAUGGUAUAUCAAAAUUAAUUUAAGAGGAUCAUGGGAAUGGUGUCCUUUCGAAACUACUAGCAAUAUUCCUUGUCAAUAUAUUUUGGAAAUAAAAUACACUUCUGGUCAAGAUAUAUAUCGUUUUAAAGCAAAUCUCAUAUCGAAAUUACAUUCUUCAAAUAAAAAAAAUAUAUUCCUCCUAAAUUUAAAGACUGAUGAAAUUCUUAACUUGACAAAUCAUGAUAAAACUUCGAUAAGAAGACGCCCAUUAUUUAUCGAUAGUAGCAUGUUAAUUGAAGAGAAAAGCUAUCCUUCUCCAAAUGAGCCGGUGGAAUUUAAGCUAAGUCAAUUACAUGCAGUUCCAAAAUAUUGGUCACCAUUGGAUAACUCUACAAACUAUGAAUUGAUACCGUUAAAUCCAAAUGACAACGAAUUUCAAUGGGUUAACAUGAGGUAUAAAGUAGCUGGCGUAUCGUUAAAAAUCCUGGAUGUUUGCCGUAUUCAAAAUACAAAAUUAUGGCAAUCUUUUGUAACGAAGAAAAAUUUAAUGAAGAAUAAGAAGGAAUUAAUUCUUUUCCAUGGAACACAAAGUGAAUUUUCCGUUCAAGCGAUUUUAUCACAAAACAUCGAUCCAAGAUUAAACGCUCGUAAAGUGCAUGGUAGUGGAAGCUACUUUACACCCUUCCCAGUCGUUGCCCACAACUAUACAAAAGGCAACAUUAGAUGGGUUUUCAUUUGCAGAGUUUGCGCCGGAGACUACACAAAAGGGAGUGAAAAAUACGUCAGACCUCCACCUAAAAAUCCUUUAGAACCUCAGGAAGAAUUGUAUGACUCUGUAGUUGAUAACUUUGACGCAAAAAUGUGGUAUUCAGGAUCACUAGAUGGCGUUAAAGGUAGUUCUGUAAGGGGGAGUUUAUCGGAUAAUGGUGAUUUUAUAGGUUGGAUUAGAACUAUUGAUACUUCGAUGUUUAUUAGCUAUGAUAAGAAGGGUAAAUUAAAGGGAGCGGUAGUCAGAAGAGGCCAAAACGAAACACACGAAAGAAAGAAGAGAAAAUGGAAGAAAGAAACAAAUCAGAAAAAUAUAUGUUCCAUACACGUUUUGGUUACUCGAACUGCGUUAGAAUCAUUAAACAGAGAAUGGAGAGACAUGAGACGCGUUUGGCCUACUUCAAGGGCAGCUACGGUGUCCUUAAUAGCCUCUACACUAACUUACGCAUCAGAACAAUUGGAUGACGUAAUUAACCUUCGCCUGGAACGAGUUAUCUUUGCUGAUGAAUCUUAUUGUUCCAAUAAACACAUGAAACAUUCUAGAAUAUGUCAAAAACAUGCAAAUAGAUCAUCAACUGUUGAACUUCUAAAGGAGCUAGCAUGUAAUGGACCAGGCUUAUUAGCGACAGCUUGCUUAGGUCUUAUAAUCGAUUUUUCGAAAGUUAAUAAGGUUAAGGAUAGAGUUUUAGCGGACGGUUUUGUGGGAGCGUGGGCUGGAAGACAAAAUAGGGGAAAGAACACUUGUUCAUUUAAUACGAUUUAUGUAAAUCUAAAGAAGAGUGAUAGGACUAUUAUAGAAUUUGAGAAAUUACAUAUUUUGACAACUCAUCUCGUAGGGAGAGCUUUGGGAAUGAGCAAUAGCGCAUUACUUAAAAAAAACAUAGUUAAAUUUGAGGAGAAGGUUAAAAAAGAUAUUUACAAUGGGAUUUCUAAAUUCGGUGAAUGGAAUUUUCAUGGAGUUAGAGGAGAAAUGAAAUCAUUUUGUGGAAAUGGCAAGGUUGAAGAGGGCGAACAAUGCGAUUCCGAAGGCGCGUGCUGCUCGAAAUCAUGUCGCUUAAAACCUUUCGCAUCUUGCGAUGAUACGCUAAGUUGCUGUUUGGAAGAUUGUACUCUUGCACCACGUUUCCAUCCCUGUAGGUCGACGAUUACACUAAAUUGCUCUGUAAAUUUAAUUUGUAGCGGAAAUUCGCCCGAAUGUGUUCGAACAAUAUCAAAAGUAGCCUCAUCAACAUGGUGCGGGAGAUCGGAUAGAUGCUCUUUAGGACAGUGUUAUUCGGCUUGCAAAGGUUUAGAAGAUAGUCUAGUAGAGAUCGGAUUUGAAAGAAACCUAGUAAAGUCAAGGGAAUGUAGAAAAAAGGAUAAUGCUUGUUAUCCGAGGUGUAAAAUGGCCUUUUCUAGGAAGUGUCUAGAUUUAGGUUCAAUUAAAUUGGGAAAGUUUAAGAAGCAUUUGAAGAGGAUAAUUACAACAUUUUAUAACUUGACGCUCCUUAAUCAAAAGUUUGUAAAAGCCUUGAAGAGUAGGACUGCUUUUCAAUAUGGCACGGAAUGCGGACAGAAAAAAUACUGUCAUCCGGAAAAAGGUUGCAUUACUUUAUCUUCUUUCACAGCGAAGAUGAAGUCUUUUCAUGCGGCAGAUGAAAACCCAAAAAACGGAAAUGUACAGAAUAUUGGAAAGAGAUUUGGCCUUGUGUUAGUCUUUGUAGCAAUUAUUAUUUUCGUUUUGACACUAACAGCCGCUUUCCGAUCGAAAGAAAGAUGGCGUCUUUUCAAAAGACAAAGACAUAAGAAAACGGAAGAAGAAAUUAAGAGUUUAUUAGAAAGUUCACAGGAUAUUGAUGAUAAAGAGACUACAGCAAAUAUAACACCUGAUUGUAUGGCAAAAAAUAAUUCCCGCGCACAACAGAAAUACUACAAUGUAGGAGAUAAAGACAAAUUAUUCUGUAACAUCCGUAACAGUAGCGUCACGUAGAACGCUUUUGUGUUCUUCUUCCCUAAAGAUUUACAUAAUGUUUUCUUCCCCUAUUGUUCUUCUAAGUUGUGUUUUAGUGUUUUAGUCAUUUUUAUAUAUGGCACACAUUUUACGUUAUAAAGACUAUUAAUUAGUAUUCAUCUCUUCUCUUUGUC